CACCGCACCGGAAGUGGUGGGGAGCCGAAGGCCCGGGGGUGGGUGGGGAAUGGUGGCGGUGCUGCUGCUUAUCGUGGCGGCGGGGCCGGGCUCGGGAUGAGCUGGAAGGCGCGGUGGGGCCCUACCCCAGAGCGGUCGCCCCCGGGCGAUGGCGACCAAUCGCCGCCCCCUUCGAGCUCACCACCCCGGGCGGUGUCACCCAAGUCGCCCCCGGCCUCUUUUACUUCCACCGCCCCGGUCUCGGCUCCAGGCGGGGGGCUGUUCUCUUGGGUGCGGGAACGGGGCCUGGGCCAUGGGGGCCGCUGCGUGGAGCCGGCGAGGGACACUUUCCGGGCCAUGACGAGGCUCUAUGGUGCCAUUCAGCCCGCCGAUUCGGUGUCCCCCAUCACCCGCACCCACGGCGCUGUUUUCAACCUGGAGUACUCCCCUGGCGGGUCAGUGCUAACUGUUGCUUGUGAACAGACAGAAGUCCUGCUAUUCGAUCCUAUCUCUUCAAAGCACAUCAAAACCCUUUCCACUGCUCAUGAGGACUGUGUAAAUAACAUCAGGUUUCUUGAUAACAGAUUGUUUGCAACUUGUUCCGAUGAUACUACCGUAGCACUGUGGGAUCUGAGGAAGCUAGAUUCAAAAGUGUGCACUUUACAUGGUCACACCAGUUGGGUGAAGAAUAUUGAAUAUGAUACUAACACAAGAUUGCUAGUAACAUCAGGAUUUGAUGGAAAUGUCAUCAUUUGGGAUACCAACAGGUGCACAGAAGAUGGUUGUCCUCACAAGAAGUUCUUUCACACCCGCUUUCUCAUGCGCAUGAGACUGACUCCAGACUGCUCCAAAAUGCUGAUCUCCACUUCUUCUGGGUAUCUUCUGAUCUUGCAUGAUCUCGACUUGACCAAAUCUUUAGAAGUUGUCAGUUACCCCAUUCUGAGAGCCAGGAGAACCACAUCAAAUUCUGAUCUGGCAUCUGUCACUUCACCUGGUCCUAGAAGUGCUGAGUUGCCAGGACACCAAGGAGAUUCAGGCCCACGUACUGAGAAACAUACAGUACGAGUAACCCAGCGAGAAGGUGGAUCUCCACGUAAUAGUCUUGAGGUUUUAACUCCAGAGGUUCCUGGUGAGAGGGAUCGGGGAAACUGCAUUACAUCACUGCAGCUCCAUCCCAAGGGAUGGGCGACACUUCUUCGAUGUUCAAGUAACACUGAUGAUCAGGAGUGGACCUGUGUAUAUGAAUUCCAAGAAGGAGCACCAGUGCGGCCAGUUUCCCCUCGCUGUUCCCUCAGAUUGACUCAUUGCAUCGAAGAAGCCAAUGUAGGCCAGGGCUAUAUUAAAGAACUCUGUUUCAGCCCAGAUGGUCGAAUGAUCUCCUCCCCACAUGGCUAUGGAAUCCGUUUGUUGGGGUUUGACACCCAGUGCAGCGAACUGAUUGACUGCUUGCCCAAAGAAACCGCCCCCUUGCAGGAGAUCCGUUCACUCUACUCGCAUGGCGAUGUGGUUCUGACUACCAAGUUCUCUCCAACGCACUGUCAGAUUGCCUCUGGGUGCCUUAGUGGUCGUGUUUCUUUAUAUCAGCCAAAGUUCUAGGCUCCCCUUGCCUUCAAAGGAACAUCUCUGUGUUUUUUUAAUUACUUCAGUUUAGUUGGAGUGUUUGCUUUUUUAAACAAGUCUUGUAAAUUUGGACAAGUACAGAGUUAAUAUUGGACUUAAAACUGAUCCCAGGUCCAGUCCUUUAUGUGUGCUGUGACUGAAUUUGCACAUUAGACUUUUGUGUACAUUAUAUCUCUCCGCUCCUGAUAAUUCCAUCCGUAUUUAGAGGUAGCUUGGUAGCACUUGUAAACCUUGUUUUUUUCUGUGUGUCUCUUCGUGCAAGAUGUUGGAUGGGCUUGAAGGAGGGAAAACAACCAGCUAAAACCUGUCUGCUGCUUUGUAUCAAAGGAGUGGAGAUCAGCUCACGUGGAUUCUUUGAUUUCUGGAUUUUGCUGUGUAUUUUCUCCUAAGUAAUAGAGCACUUUCUUGCACAUUAUAGCCAGCAUUUACAUUAUUUUUUCGUGAACAACUAAAUAGACUGUUAUUGUUACUUUUUUGUAUUUUUCUGCUGUGAUUCAGUUUGUAGGCUGGUACUCUUUAAGAAUUGUGCAGUGUUAAUUAUCGCUCUGUGCUCCCACACACAAACCUCUCUCAUCUCGGCCCCUCCUUGACUUGCUGGAGAAAGUUUAUUGGGAACUGAAUAACUUAACAUUUUUUCUUUCACAAAUCUCUCUUAAAGGAGCAUCUUCUAUUAAGUUAUUGGACAUAGAUUGGAGAAUGGAGUAUGUGCCCAACCAUAUAUAUUUCAGUCCAGCAGGAAAUUCUAUGCCACAAACCUCAGUGAAGUGAACAGGAGCUUGUAAGCAAACAAACUGUGGUGGACCUUUAACCUUCUGUUCAUUUAAAAGAGGCUGGUGCUGGGGAACAUCCUGAGGCUUUGGGUCCUUUCUUGUGAUGGGUUUCAUCACAACAAAGGACUUUGAAAUUGAAUAAAAUCUUUUUUUUAAAAAUGCCAGUUUUUAAAUGAAUGCUGCUCAGUGCUGUACUUAUGUUUGCAACCUGAUUAAGGCUAGUUGGCUUUUGAUGUGCCUUGCAAGCCCCCACAGGUAAGCUAUAGCAUGUGAAAAAAAAAAUCCUUAGUGCGCACACCUUACACCAUAUGUUGCAAGGUUAUAGAUGAUUUUAUAUAUAUGUUUAUAUGCAUAUGUGUAUAUAUAUAUAUAUAAAAUUAUCACCAGCUGUAUAUGAAAAUCAAAAGAUUUUGCAAAACUAAAUAUUUUCUUCUGUUCCAAGAGUAACACAUUUUACUAGCAUAUUCACAUGUGAGAACAUGUCAUAUUAACUUGGCAGUGAUACCUCUGAAGAUGUGUUUAAAAAAAAAAAAAAAUCAAAAGUCCUGUUGUUGCCCAGUAGUGGCAUAAGCAGAAUUGCUUAUACUAGAAGAUUGUUGAAUUUCCAUUGAACAUGAGAUACCUAAAACAUAAAUUAAUUGUGUGUCAGUUUCUGCAGUCAUGCAAGUAAGAUGACAGAUCACUGGCUCUCUGGAAUUUACAUGCAAAGUGUUCAGUUAAUUGAGAGCCUUUCGGAGAGCCUUUCCUUUUUGCCAGACUCUCAUUCCUAUCUGCUUAAACCAUCUAAAACUCAUCUGCAUGACAUUUUUCUAGCUGGAAAUUAACAUGAUUGCAUGCCUGAAAUGAUCAUGAAAGUGAUUUUUCCAGUAGGAGGACAAGUUUCAUUUAGCAAUUAGCUGCUCUGCUAGUUGUUCUGCCAAAUACAGAGUAUAUUUAUAAAGCAGCUCAGAAAAAUAUCAUAUUUGGGAUAAUAGAUGUCUAUAAAUGCUGUUCUGAAAAAAAAAUGUGAUGACUGAUUCUCAGAAUUGUUAGUGUAGCCACUUUAAUAAGAAACUUGUGGCAUGUGGGACUAUAAUGUAGCUGUUGAUCACCAUAUGCUCUCUAGAUGAUUUAAUAGAUUAACAUCAAUACGAACAAGCCCAGAGCUAUGCUGUCUGGAAUAUAUCUUAAAUUAGACAUAGGAUGCCUACACUUCUUGUCCUUCUGGUGAUUCAGUCUUUGUUUAAUAUCGUUCAUCGUCAGAGUUGAGUUUCUAGCCAUCUACUUUAAUGGCUAAAAUGGUUUUCUUAAUCCAAAGCCUGCUUAGCCACUUGGUGUAUUUAAACGGUGCUCUUGUGUACGUGAGAAAAGGUAAACAAAUAUAUUGUAGAUAUGAGAUGAAUACAAUUUUCAUUUAAAAUUAAGGACAAAUUACUUUUUGCUGGAUGAUCUGAAUUAGCUAGAUAUGUCCAUAUAAUCAGUUCUUGAAUUUUAAGAUGAAAUCAGAUCUAAAAUCAGUUUGUAGAUCAAAGCUCCAUGGUUUGAGUCCAAUCUUACUUUCUUAUUUUUAGUGUAUUUUUUCCUUAAAAUUUUUAGAAUAUGUGCAUUUCUGCUUAAAUUUUAUAUUUACCCCAAAGGCAUUAAAAAAAAACAAGAGCUGAGCCAGAAAACCAAAAAAAUAGAAAAUGCUGGUUGUCAACUACUCUGCCUCUAAUUGGGCUGCAGAGAGGAGUACUGUAGUCCAUGGCUUAUAGAUAAUUACUUUGUAAAUAAAAAAAAAUGUGGCUAGAUCAGUUAUUGGAAUAGGAAAUGGAGAGCAGGUCCUUGAAACCUUGUUAAGAUUUUAAAUGAAUGGCAAGCAAAUAGGUAGACAGCAGCAUCAUAGAUACCUACUUUGGUCCAAUUAAACAUUGAAUGUUAGGACACAUUCUCUCCCUUCCCCCCGCCCCCGCCCUUUAGAGUAAGCAAUUAAACAUUAAUCUUCCUACAGCAUCUAAACUCUACAUGAUUCCUGUAUUCCUGCUUUUUUCUUUUGGAAGUUAGGCGGGAAUAGAGGGAGAAAUGUCUGUGUGCUUUUUGUAUAUGUACUUGACUCCCUGUCUUUUCUUUUUCCAUUAGAGAUCUUCCUGUACAGUUGCUUCGUUUUAACAUGAGAGUGUACAAUUUUGGAUUUCCAGUCAGUAGUAACCUUCCAAGACUACACUUUGUGAGAACUGGCAUGUUAUCCAGGCUCUGAAAACAUUAUUCUUAAAUUUUGUAACUAGUUAUUAUAUUUACAGAGUAAAAAGAGUUACUGUGCUUGGUUCAGCUUUUGAAUUAUAUCUGUCAGAAAUAAACCUAAGGCCUAUUGAACUUACAGAAUAAGGAGAUUCUUGAUAUGCCAGAGUUUUUUAAAGGAGCAGGGUGACGCAAAGAAGAUUCAUGGUGGUUAAACUGCAUGUAAAGUACAAGCCAGUGAUUAUGAAUCAGAGUUUUGUGCAUGUAUGGGUUAAUUCUGCACUAAGAAAAAUAUAUAUACAUAAAAUGAAAAACUCCCUUAGUCCAGUUGCCAGAAUUUGAAUUCUGCUUAUCUUUCAUGUGGGAUAAGGUUGCAUAAAAGUGACUCCAGAGAUUAAAAAUAAGUAUUUGGGGGAUAAAAGUGUAGCUCCUGUGUUUUAGCAUGUCCCUGUGAAACUGUGACUCACCCAUGAGAAAAGGUUCUUUGACAAAUCAGGAAAGCUUGAAAAAGUGAACUUCUGUAUGUGCAUAUUGCACGUGCACAAGCAUAGUGCAACCUUUAAGGGCAUAAGUUUCAGGUUGCACUGUUGAAUUCUUAGUUUUUAAAAAAAUCAAGUUAUUUGAUGAAUAAAAUUACUUCCUUUGAUGUCCUUGAGAAUUGCUGUGAUUUAGAGCAGUCGAUAGCAUACAUCUAAGACAGAUGAAUCUGAACUGAUCCAGGUUUAUAUUGUCUUGAUUUAUCAGCUUACAUUUACCUUUAAAGCUCUUUUUCAAGUACAAGAUUCAUAGGAUAAGAACAGGGUUUCUUUUGAGGUUUUGUUCAAAAAGAGCAAUGGUUUUCUGAAAUGGAGAGUGCCUUUUUGCUAAUGUCAAUCUUAGUACAGUUCCACUGACUUUAAAUUACACUAAAAUAUUUUUUAAAUUGCUGGUAAAUGUCAUCUCAAAAUUCAAUUAGUUGGCUAUGUAUUUGUGGAUAUGAAUAUACUUCAGAAAAGAUCAGAUGCUGUAUUUGGAAUGAAAUCAUGGCUGCCUAGAUGAUACUAACUUAAAGUACAAUCAUGGUAAUAAAAGUCUUCACUAUUACUACUGGUAGCAAGAGUUGCUUAGCAAGUGGGGAACUAUAUAAUGGAAUGAAUGAAUGAAUCAUCAGUAUGAAUGAAUCAAUAUGUUAUGGUAUAAAAAAUUAUGUUUCAAGUUUUAUGUAAUUUUCUUCCAGAUAAUAUAUCAGUGAGCUGAAUUCUUAAAAGUAUUUUUGUUUCAUCAGUUUAUUUUGAUAAUGCAAAUGCUUCUGGCAUGGUAUUUUUUUACCUAUUUAUUAAUUAAACUUCUCAGAUAUUUUACAGUAUAACUACAAACUCUUGUCACACACCAAAAAUUGACUGAGUAGUAAGCUUCUGCAACAUGUGGGAAAGUAUGCAUAGGGAACAAAUAUAGGCAUGUAGCCUGAGAGAUUAAAUCUCUGGUAUCUCCCUGUGGUAAAUUAGGUGGCCAAUAAAGAAAUAGAAAGAAAAGAAGAGAGAGAGAGAGAGAAAGAAAGGAAAGAAAAAAAGAAAGACAGACAGACAUAGUCUGGCAUCAGAUGUGAAUGGCUUCUGCCUUAAUGAGGGAGAUCGCAUGAAUUAGAUGUAAAAAACAACAACAACCCACCUUGAACUGGAUAGCUAAUGAAUUGGAUACAAGACUUUUUCAUUCAUUCCUAUGGCUUGAGCUAAGGAAGCUAAGUACCAAAACACUAAUUCCAGUCACUGAAAAGCAGCCUCCAACUCUAAUACCAUUUUCAAGCAUUUUUUUGCAACCAUAAGAACUAGAACAUUUUCUUUCUUUCUUUUUUUUUUAAAAAAGCAAGAUGUUGGGAUUUCCAGGAAGCAUUUUGCACUUUCUCCAGUCCCUAUAGAAUUUUAACAUGCAGCCCUGAAGAUGAUUUGGUGUUUGGAUUACCCUAAUCUAACUCUUCCUAAAGCUUUAAAAAUCUUCAGUAGAAAUGAAGAGAGUAAUUGAACGUGGCUUGUAUUUUUUAGUAGAGCUGAAUUUAUUGUAUUGCAAUCAUCAGUGUAAAUUAUAUAUUGCAUUACAUUUUUAAAAACAUCCUACCUCAUAUCAUGCUUUUCUUUAAAAACAAAAAAAGGUAUGCUCAUUUUUAAAAUCAGCAUACAGUAAUUUAUUUUCAAAAUGCAGAAAGCCAGCAAUGCAAAGAGAUUAUCUUUAUCUUAGGCAACUGAGAAGGGCCCCUUGAAGCAAAGCAAGGCUGUUCAAUAUUCUGCAUUUAGUACUAGAAUGCUGCUGGUUUUCCCCAAUUCUGAGUCCUCCAGAUGUGUUGGAUUACAAUCCCCAUAAUCCACAGUCUGUUGGAGCUUUGUCUAUUUUUUUACAUCACUGCUUUAAUUACUGUUAGACAUAUUGAUUUAGUGCUUCAAAACCUUAAUAACAUUAUAUACUAUGCUGAACUUACUCUUAGUUUCAGAAACAUUCAGUGAUUCACUGAUCUCUCUGUCUCGUAGUUAUCUGUAAAAACAUUUAGUGAUGUUAAAUUAGAUAGUGUGGCCACAUGGCUUUUUAAAAUGAAACAACAUUUUUGAGUAGGAAUGUUUCGAGCUUAGUUAUUAUUUUGACUUAAUGGAAAUUAACAUUUGACUUUGUAAAAUCCUAGGAACAAUCUCUGUUCCUUAAUAAGGGAAAAGUUGCCUGAUUAUAAAAAUGCAGCAUUGAACAUUAACAUUCUUAUGCAUGUCUUUUCAAAGAUAUUCAGCUAUUAUAACUGAUCCAUACCAUUUUUCCUCUUUACAUUUAUCAUUUAUUUUUAUACACAUCUUCUACAUCUGUUUAUGAUUCUGAUCAGAAUAUGUACUAUGCCCAUAUAUGCUUUAAAUGAAUAGCUUAAACAUAUUUUUUGUCCCAUUGUAUAUUAAACUGUAGAAAGCCUGACAUAUCAGCCAAAGCAGAUACAUUGUAUUUAUUGAGUUUGAUACAUUGAUACAAAAACCUUAUAAGAGUUUAUCAAAACACUACUGAUACGUACAAUUGUAAUUGUUGCUGAAUGUACACUGAGUGCAGUAAUAUAUACAUCAGAUUUGAGAAUGGAUAAAUCUGAGUACUGUAUUUAUAGGGGUAAAAAAGUUUUCUACCACAUAGGUUAUGAAAAAGCUGGUCAUGUUUCAGUGACAUUGAAAGCAGACUAGAAUUUGUUGCACUGAUUUCAAAAGGAUAUAGAGCACACAUUAAAAUUGCCACUUAUUCCAAGUUCAAAAUUCGCAUUGAAAACCAUCAGCUGUGGUUGGCAACAUCACCUGAAAGACAGCUGGCCCAACAAGAUUGAUCUUCUGGUAUAAUGUACAACGGUAAAAAAUGUCAGAUGUUUGGGGAUCAAAAUGUUGAAGCUCUAUAAUGCCUCUAAGGAACAAGAGUACACAUGUUCUUGAACAUGCUCCAGAGUUAAUUUCUUAGCAUGCAAAUUCAUGUGGAAAGUAUUCCUUGAGCAUGAAAUCAAGUGCUUCGACGUUGUAUACCAGCUAUAGAUGAUCAGAAUUGGAAGCUGUUACAUGUUUUGCAUGUUUUUCUCUCAAAUAUUUUUAUAGGAUGUCUCUGAACACCUGAAUACUUCCUUUUCCUCUUUUUUGUAAUGAAUGUCAGGGAUCCAAUCGGUUUUAGCUCUAAAGCAAGGGGAAGGCUGAAAUUCUAAAUAAACAUGGAAUAAACUUGGAUGCUACUGAACUUAUUUCAUGGACAGGAUUUCAUUGCAAAAGUUAGCAGAAAGAGAUUUGAUGAGUUUUAUAAAAAGAAUAUGAUUUAGCAUUUUAAAGUCAGCUUUGGGGAGUAUGAAUCUCAAAAUAUCAAAUCACAUUUCUACUUAUAUGGAAAAUAGUUGCAUAAAAAUCUAGUAGUUUCCAGCUUCAAUCUAAAAAGGGACUGGGUAUGGCUUCCACAUAUGCAUGAAUUCUAUAUAGUGGUUUUUGGAAUUCCAUAUGUCCAUGUAUCGGACAGAGCUGACCAACUGAUACUAGUUUGGAAAGGAGAACUUUCCUCCCUUUUAAAGAUCAUUCUGGAAAAUUGUUGAGUGAAAUUUAGAGACUACUACAAUGGAGAAUUAUUUCCCAAAUGUCAAAAUAUGGAUAGAGUUGAAAUGUACAUUAAUCUAAAGCCAGUUCUUUAAAUAAUUUCCAUCCCAUUUGUUAAUAGCUUUGUUGUGUCAGCUUAUUUGUAAACAUAUUUCCAUCUCAUGCAAAAAUAUUUUUUUUAAAUAUGGAAGUACAAAUUUGUGCAUGUAGAGUACUUUGAAAUUAUUUCAUAAUAAAAGGUGUACAUUUUAAAUACAUCUACAAGAACUGUCUAGGAAAUGUAUGUACUCUUACACGGGUGAUGUAAAUGUUUGAACAAUUUCUCUUGCUUGCUUAAUAAACACUUCACAUUCAUACUC